CAGAAGAAGGGGACGCAUAUUUAAAGCAGGGAACGGCGGAGUGUCGGAGCUUUUCCGAUAAGCGCGGCGGCCUGCUCCGACCUGCAAACAAAAAGAAAAGAGAGGAAAAAUAAAAGCUAUCUUUCCGAACAGUAGAAUCGAUCGUUUUGUUUUACAAGGAGUACUUGAAUUAGUGAAGGCGUUAUCUCUUUCUCUGUGAAAUUUCUCUGUCUGUAUUUCGGUUAGGUUGCAGGAAGCACGCCAGUGCUCGAGAUCGAGCUAUUUGCAGGCUUUUUCUUUACGUUUUUGCAUUUUCCUCGAGUGAUUUGAACGUUGCGAGUUAAGCUCCGCUGAAAAAAUUGCAGAUCUGCAAAGUUUUUCUAUGAAAUUAGGUGAUUUGAGUUAAUAUAAAAUAGAUGCAAAAUCUAGGUUUAGCUCUUGCCUCUCAGAGGUAAACACCUGUCACCCGCAUAAUUGAUGUAUGCUCCCCGGACCCAACAUUGUCCGAAGCUUGAUAAAUUUAAUACUUUCUUUUUUGUGCUUGUGUGGAUAAUUUGGAAACAUGAAUCUGUUAGUUUUUAUUUUUAUUUUUUUAAUUUUAAAUCCUUCUCACGAGUUGGCGUGUUAAUGAAAGUGUCUGCCAUUUUAGGACCAGAGAUGAAGCUUUAAAUACUGCGCAAGGCGGUCUCGUUAGCUCAGAUCCGCUUGAGGAGGUCUGAGAUAACCAGAGGUCUUUGCCUUAGGAGAGCACACAAUUUCUGCAACUUUUGAAAGUUUUGAACGGAAAGAGCCGCCUGCUGUGCCUGUGCUGACUAUAGAUUGUGAUAUAUCAAAGGGUAAAAGAAGGCCUUUUUAUUACUAAUCCAGACAGCACAAAGUAGUACUCUCUGAAUUAUCGUCAUCAAUAUGUACAGAAUGCAACCACCCCCCCACCUGCUGCACUUCAUCAUCUGCACCUCUUAUUUACAUCUCUAGAAAACCUGCACAAAUCAACCUCUCCCACUCUCUCUCUGUGUGCAGAGGUUAAAAAAAAAGAAAAAGAAAAGAGCAUCUGUCGUAGGUCAAAGGGGGUCUCCGUAAUUAAGGAAUGAAAGUGUUAUGGAGGUGGUGGAUAAUAUUCAAGAACAACCGCGAAAGUUCUCAAGGCUAGCAAAUGGCAGAAGUAGCGACCCCAAUAAGAUAGGAUUAAAAGGGGUUGAAAACAUUGGCCCGGAAGAUGGAGAAGACACAGAAUCCAAAAGGGUUGUUGGUGGUAGCGGCGCUGGAGGUGGAGCUGAUGAUGAUGCUAAUCGGCUUCGUGGGUGGCACCACUCCCGGAUUAUUAGGGUUUCUCGCGCUUCCGGCGGGAAGGACAGGCAUAGCAAGGUAUGGACUUCAAAGGGGUUAAGAGACCGAAGGGUUCGGUUAUCGGUUGCGACGGCGAUUCAGUUCUACGAUCUUCAAGAUCGGUUAGGUUUUGAGCAGCCAAGCAAGGCCGUCGAGUGGCUGAUUAAAGCUGCUGCAGACGCAAUAGCGGAGCUGCCUUCGCUGGAUACCUCUUUUCCGGAAACCCCAAAACAGCUGAGUGGAGAAAACGAUAUUAGUGUCACUGAACCUGUGCCGUUCGACUCAGCUGAGCAGAAUCAAAGCCAGCUACAUGUGUCUUUGUCCAAAUCCGCUUGGAGUAGUAACUCUGAAACCAGCAAGGGUUCAGGUUUGUCUCUCUCGCGAACUGGAAUAUGAAAGUGCAAGAAGGGAGACUUAGAAGCUGAGGCAGGUUCUGUUCCAAUCUGUCGAUUCUGUUAUUUGGUUGCUGCAGGAGAGGUCUCAAUUUAAAACACAAGUAUUUGCCGUCUGGAGAAACCUUUUUUGUUCCAGAUUUUGAAUGUAAUUUCCCUUAUUGUUGCAAGUCUUUGGAAGCCUUGUUUUUAAUAGCUAUUGUGUGCAGUGUUUUAAGCACUGGCAGUUUUUCCCUUGAAAUCCUUCCCCUUUAUUUGUGGAGUUGUUUUGUAUUGAUUUCUUUUUUGAAUAAAAAUCCCAUUGUCAGUUUUAAGUUAGUUGAAAGAAACAUGUGUUUUUUCU